AAACGAUUCGCUGGUCUGUCAACCGGUGCUACUGCCGCCACGUGGUGGAGCUGUGUUACUACAGCUGUCAUUUAGGAAAUAAUCCUUUUUUCUUGAUGUAAAUAAUGCUGAGGAAAAAUGUACGGCAUUCAGGCUGACUUGCUUCCUGGAUUCACAAAAGUGGGUGAGGGAGAGCAGAGGUGAGAAGGAUGCGGUGUAUUAUCAGUCGUUAAUAAUCAAGAGAAGAAUGAAAAUACAACUAACGGUCUGCCUUCAGGUCAUUUUGUUGCUUUGGUUUGAGCAAGUGCUGCAAGAUGUGGCUGCAGGCAGAAGUCCAACUUCUCAAAAAACUGGCUCAUCAGUUUCUGAUGCAAACCUGAUGUUUGAGUUUUUGCUGGGCGGGGUAGAGCUGGACCAGGACAACAACAUCGUCCUGCUCGACAAAGAGAUGGCAUCAAUGAGGCCAGGGCGGGCUUUCCUGUCUGAGAUCAAUGACAACAUUCCCAGAAGUCUGAGCUCCAUGGUGCAGAUGGUGACCGCACUGGAGGGUCAGAGGAGAAGGCCGCUGACCCAGGUUCAGUUUGAGAGUCUUGUCCUGAGCAUGGUGUACUCUGCCCACCAGGCCUGGCAUCAGGAGAGAAAAGAGGAACAGGAGGCCUGGGGUGGAGUGCUCCUCCAGGUGGCAAACGUCACGGUCCAUGAACUACGUGGAAGUUACCUCUUCAGUUAUGCAUGAUACUCAUACUGCCAUUCUGUAUGAGAUAAAGGUGUAUGCAAUAAAAUACUUGCCUUACA